UUUCACUUUAAUCGGGGUAGACGCGACAUGCAUUGGGUGCAUCCCAAAUCACAUGAAGUAGUAGUUGAGCCAAGAAAGAAUUCAUUCCUCAUAAUAGAUUAAGAGAGAUCUUCAAGCAAUAUUUUUUUGUAUCUCUCACAUGACAAUUCUGACAGUGACAUCGCUCGGAGACUUAUGGUAGAGGUAUGAUCAGUUUGGAUUGUUCUUCUCUUUUGGUUGUGUUGAUUUUAUGCUAUGGCGGUUCUUUCCUGGGCACUGGUGCUCCGGGGUGGUUUGUGUCUCUCGAUGUGGGGAGUUCUUUUGGUGUGCCAGCUAGCUUCGUCUUGUCAGGGAUUUCUAGCUGUUUGUCUUCUUUUAGAGUGCAUAACAUUGAUAAAGUUCGUCCUCCUCCAGAACCAUCUUUGUGGCAUGAAGAGUUUGAUGGAAUCACUUUAUUUCAAUUUUAUAUUUCCAUUAGUAGUAAUUGUUUUUAUUUUAGUUUAAGUAGGUUUGGUUUGAAAAUUUGGACUUCUGAAGUACAUUUGAUAGACAGUAUUUCAGUCCCGAUUGUUUUAGGCUUUAAAUUGCCCGUUUCGUGUCUAGCGAAUCAGGUUGCUUUGUAUGAGUGACUGAUUCUAUGUCUAUUCUUAGGGCUCAGUGGCUCACAAUCGGAUCUGUCAUAACUGUCUGGAUGUUAUCUUAUAUUUUGUCUCGUUUUUAAUAUAAAAAGUCGAUCCUUUAUUUAAAAAAGAGAGAGAUCUUUCUACUUCUCAUAGCUAGAAGAAUCAUAAAGUCAUU